CAUCCUUGUUUUAGUACAAGUAAAAUUUUUUAUUUUUUGACGGCAGUGGUGGCCACUUUUCGAUCAAUUCGUAUUAGACUUUUUGAUAAAAAAUGCUGUCUAAAGCUUCGCUUUUGGCCAAGGUAUCCCGGCCACUGACUGUGGCAGUGCGAACAACAUCCCAGGCUGCAACAUGCCCUGCUCCUACAAAGGUAGAAGAAGCCGAUAGUGCUGAAAGAGAUUUGGUCAACUUCCCAAGGCCAACACGUUUGGAACAUUCACCUAAAGUUCGCUUUGGAUUCAUUCCAGACUCAUGGUUUGAAUUUUUCUAUGAGAAGACCGGUGUUACUGGACCUUACAUGUUUGGAACUGGUUUAAUUACUUACUUAUGUUCAAAGGAAAUUUACGUUAUGGAGCAUGAAUUCUAUACUGGUAUUUCAUUGGGUAUUAUCUGUCUCUAUGCCACUAAAAAGUUGGGUCCACAUAUUGCAAAAUACUUGGACAAAGAAGUUGAUGCCUAUGCCGAUGAAUGGAAUUCAGGUCGUGUAGAAGAAGUUAAAAGUUACCAAGAUGCCAUUGAAGGAGAAAAGUUGGAACAAUGGAGAGCUGAAGGUCAACUUAUGUUGAUGGAUGCAAAACGUGAAAAUGUUGCCUUGCAACUUGAAGCAGCUUACAGGGAACGCGCCAUGAAAGUGUAUCAGGAGGUUAAGAAACGAUUAGAUUACCAAGUUGAGAAACAGAAUAUUGAACAACGCAUUGCUCAGAAACACAUGGUUAACUGGGUUGUAGACUCAGUUUUGAAAUCUUUAACACCUGAUCAAGAAAAGGAAAACAUCAAUAAAUGCAUUGCUGAUCUAGGAGCUUUGGCUAGCCGAGCUUAAAAAAAUAAUUUAUGUAGAAAAUACACUAGAUCAACAUAUGUUAUAUAAAAUCUGUUUUGCAAAUUAUUUUAUCUUAUUUUUUAGAAUAUGUGAAAUAUAAUUGCA